AUGGAGAAGCAGAACCCACUUAAAGGAAAAGUGAACUCGGUUGAAACUCGUGAUGAAGUGGUGCCUGGUUGUAAAAGCUCUGAGAAUACGUCUCACAUUGAGGAGAAGGCCGAAGGAAAAGCACCGGCUAAGGUGAAUCACAGUGCUCGCUCAAGUAAAUCAACUAAGGAAGUGGUCGGUGGAAAGAUUGAUCCAAAGGAGACUCAAGAAAGUUUACCAAAAUCUCGGGUCUUAGAGUCUGCUCCAGGGCCAGAUGAAACGAUUGAUGUGGCACCGGCGAAGGAGUCAGUUUUUCAGUUAGCAGUGGUCACGGCUCAGAGGAAAACCUCUCUUGCGCUUUCCAGUUCGGAGUCUUUGAUUUCUCACAAUGCUUUUAUGGCGCUCCAAAACGAGUCGGAGGAGAGCGCAGAGGAACCAGAGCUUGAUGAGAUGGGAAAUCAUGAGGUGUUAGGACGGGACCUUAUCCUUCAUAAACCCUCUCGUCCACACACUAAAUCAGCCUCUCCGUCAUCUUCCUCUUCGUCUGGAAAGCAGCGUAAAAGGAAGAAGCGAAAGAGAUCUGAUCAACAAUCGCCCGCUCAUGGUGGUGGACCUCCUCUUCUAUUAGAGGAUUGUCACCACAACUAA